GCUGGAGUUUACAAAACGUAUGCUCCCGCUGUCAUCACAGCAACCAACGCGUCUUAUUUGCUGUGCGCCGUACACCCUAAGCUACACCGCGGUCUAGAUGCACAGUGACUGCUGACCGACUAGCCUACUGAUACUGACAAGCUUGUGUAGACUUACGGUGUUGGUUUGCUAUAGAUAGGUAGUUAGCAAAGGAUGAUAAUAAAACAAUGUUUCCACCUCAUCAAGACGUGAAGAUUGAGGAGGAGGAGAUGUCCGUGUGAGACCACCGUUGUGUUUACAGGAGCAACAGUUGUCUGGACGCAGUGUCCACGAUUGAAGCAGUGUCCACGCACCUCCCUGUUUAAGGAGUUGAAGCAGAGAAGAGGAGGAGAAGAUGAGGGGGGCGGGAGGAGCAGAGGAGAGUCCUCCUUCUGAGGAGGCGACAGGUGAAGAAGAGGAACCCACCAAAGAGGAGGAGAAGGAGAUGUCUGCGGAGGAAAAGGAGCGGUUAGCGUCGGAGCAGGCGGCGGCGCGGGAGCGGGCAGCCCAGAGGCAGGUCAUGGCCAUGGAGGAACUCAUCCACACAGAGAGAACCUACCUGAAGCACCUGCAGCUCUGCACAGUCACCAUCAGGGACAACCUGCAGAAAAUACAGCCUCCGCUGCGCAACCUGGAUGGAAUGUUCCAGCACAUAGAUGAGGUGAUGGACGUGUCCGCCCGUCUGCUCAGUCUGCUGGACCAGACGCAGAUGCAGCCCAGUGACGCAGGCUUCCUCCAAUUCCUCUGUGACUCUUUCCUGAGCCUGUCGCGGGAUAUCGAGAUGGCGUAUAAGGAGUACCUGGCCAACUACAACAACAUCACAGCGCUGGAGAACAGCUACAAGCAGCAGGAGACUCAAUGGGCAGAAAUGGUCAACGUGGUCAAGACCUCGGCGCCAGAGAUCAACGCGUCCAACCUGACGUUCUUCCUGGUGAUGCCAGUCCAGCGGAUCGCCCGCUACCCGCUCCUACUGCAGACCAUCCAGAAGCACACGGAGCCGACGCACCCGGCCUAUGAGACGCUUACCCAGGCCGCGCACAUCGCCGUGCAGCUCAACUGCCGCAUCAACGAGUACAAGCGCUUCCGGGAAGUGGCUGAUAAGUACAAACGGACAGAGACCCUGACCAUCCGGGACAAAAUCAACCGUCUGAGUGGACACAGCAUCGCCAAGAAGACAGCGCGCCUCAGCCAGUUCCUCAAGCACGAGACAGGCAUGGUGCCACAGGCCAAGGAUGAGGAGUUUGACACAUUAGUAGCUUAUUUCUUUGUUAUUGAGAAAGGCGUUUCCGAGCUGCAUGAAAACCUGGAAACGUACCUGAGCCACCUACAGAGGUUGCAGAGUUGUCGUGCUGAGGACCAUGAUCUGGACAUGGAGGCGGACAAGGGAGCGCUGUUCUCACGUGAGAUCGCCGUGGCGCUGCGCCAGUGGAUCUACCCAGAGUUUGAGCGGCGUCUGCAGUCUCUGGUCUUCAAGCCGCUGGGCUCGCUGCGUGAGCUGCUGGCCGGUCCUCGGAACCUGAUCCGCAAACGUCGAGACAAGCUGCUGGACUACGAGGUCCUGGAGGAGAAGAGCGCGCUGAGCUACGAGGAGCAGGCGGUGGUCAACACCUACCGGACCAUCCACGCGCUGCUCCUGAACGAGCUGCCCCAGUUCAACGGCCGCGCCAUGCAGCUGCUACUGGCCACUCUGGGCAACCUGUCCUGCCUGCUGCGGGACCUGUCCACCGACAUGGAGCAGCUCGCCAACAGCUUCACACAGCAGCUCCCUCACAGCUGGAUGGAUUCCAGAGAGUUCUGGAAGUGGGCUGAGAGCUCGGUUCUGGAGGCAGGGCGGAGUCUGGAGAGUCUGUGUCAGAGCGUCCAGGACGAGCUCAAUGCUCCCAUUGUGCAGCCUCUCAGCAGUCCAGCUCAGAAGCGGCUAAAAGCGCUGUUGGUGCGCCACAGCCGGGAUAAGAUUUACCAGCUGACCGGUCCAGUGGUGGGCGCACGCGACCUUGACCUGACCCUCAGCAAGGGCGAGCUGGUUGCCGUGGUGAGCGAGAUGGACACUCGUGGAGACCGCCGCCGCUGGCUAGUGGAUGCUGGAGGUCCGCGGGGGUAUGUUCCCGCCUCUAAGCUGGCGCGCUACCACCUCGGUGCCCAGGAGCCCCCUCCUCCAUCGCCGUCGCCGUCACCCUACCUGUCAGUCACCCUACCUGCCCCGGGCACCCGUCGACACUCCUACACCGCCACCCCGCCCUCCCCAGGCUUCUCCAUAGCAAUGCCCAGCUAUCAGGUGUAUGCUGGUUAUGACUUCACGGCGCGCGGCAGUCACGAGGUGUCCCUGCGUGCGGGCGAGCCGGUACGGGUGCUGGAGCCGCACGACAAACGUGGCAACGCCGAGUGGAGCCUGGUGGAGGCGCGUGGGCACAAGGGAUACGUGCCCUCCAACUACCUGGCCGUCCUGCCCGCCAUGGUGGCAUCGCCCACGUUCCCCUACCGU